AUGAUAGAGGCAAACACAUCGACAGUCCAGGUGGACGACGGCGUCAAGUUGCACGUCAGACUUCUCGGGGGCGAUUCGACCGGGACGAAACCUCUACUCAUCGGCCUUCAUGGCGCACCAGGAAUGUUUACUCACGCAGAACCGGAGGCCUGCUUCAGUCACCUCUCUUCUCUUUUCCGAGUUCUGGUGUUUGAUGGCAGAGGAAGUGGUGCUUCAGACAUGAUCGGGCCUUACUCUCAUGAACGCUGGAUGAAAGACAUUGAGUACCUCAGGGCAUGGGCAGGAGCAGAGACGUUUGUAUUGGCCGGCCACUCAUAUGGGGGCUUUGUGGCCCUUGACUACGCCGUCAAUUAUCCCGCUCGUCUGCGUGGCUUGAUAUUGAUAGACACCUGGACAGUUGGAACACUCGGAGCAAUGGGAGCUUUGGCGAACAUAUUGACGUCGGAUAGAAUCAAGGUGGACAAGGCCCGUCAGAUCCGAGUUUGGUCGGGCAACCUCCUUAGCGACACGGACUUUGAAGAAGCAAUUGCAGAGAUGCUCCCCUUCUACGCCCCUCCCGAAGACCCGUCGAAGAAAACAGCUGGCGACACGGGUGAUCAGCCUACGUCUGCAGCGUUCUUCGGACCAGGGGGCCAAUUUCAUUCCAAGACCCAAAACUGGGCUUUCAGUCAAAACAUGCCGCGCUUCGACGUUCGACAGCGACUCAAGGAUAUCACGGCUCCUACAUUCGUCGCUGUUGGGCGCCAUGACUAUGUUACACCUGUGAGCUUCGCGGAGGAGAUUGCCAGAGAGGUCCCGGAUGCGCGGCUGGAGUGCGACUUCCAUUACCCGACGUGUGGCGCAUGUUCGGCUGUAGGGGCCACAUGUUUGGGCUUUGACUCUGUCCAUGGGGUCGACAAACCUCGAAGCAUUGUUCGAGAUCUCGAAGACCAAGUUGGACGUUUAAGCGUCGACCUCGCCGCCGCAAAAAACCAGACCUGCAGCAUCGGGGACACUGUUGGUGGCACAGUGGAGAGACUGACAACCCGCCUUGCGAUAGUGACCGUUGAACCCACGGGGCGACCCCGCAAGCAGGAGCAGCUUCUUCCGCUUGUUUCGAGUUAUUUUCUCUCCGACUCGCCAUUACCAUAUUUCAACCGUCAAGCCCGGGAUGCUACGAAGGGUGCCGAACCUCAGGUCCAGUCGUGGCGGGCCAUGGCGAUUUCUUCAAUCCCUCGCCAUGUUGUGGACGCCAUGUUAAAACAUUACUGCGAGACAUACCGCCCGCAGUACCCUUCGAUUGGAGAGGACGACCUGUACAGAGCCAGAGACAAGAUGUACGAGAGUCCGCAGCUUGUUGGCUACGAUGCGUUUGUGAUUUAUAUCACGUUAGCCAUCAGCUCAAAUACGCUCAUGCAUAUAGAUGAGAAACGGGCCGCAACAACUACGGACGGCCUGUGGGCCACGGCCAUCGUGCACCUAGAGCAAGUUGGCACCACAAGCUCAUGGGAGCGCCUCCAGGCCUUGCAGCUCCUUACCCAUUAUGGGUUCCUGAACCCCCAACAUGUAAACGUCAGUCACUGUGCUGCUGCUGCUAGCAGACUGGCCUUCCAUUCCGGCUUGCAUGAAGAAUUGCCAGUGUCGACCCGGAUGAAACCGGAGCCUUCCAUUCUGAAUGCUCGACGAAGGAUGUUCUGGAAUGCAUAUGGUAUUGACGCCGCAGCUCAUAGCGUCCGCUGUCAACCUUUUAAGUGGUCAAGACCUGAGAUCACGGCCAAGUUUCCUGAUUCCGAGUCUCAAGCGAUACCAACACACUCUGCUCAUAUGUGGUCGUUACGAGAGAUCGAGUGUGAUAUCACCUUAGGCUUGUACUAUCCUGUCUUUGCACACCAAGCUUCCAAUGCCGAUACUUCUUUCGAGUCCUGGUAUAUAAGCAUACAAGCGCGGCUGGAAGACUGGUAUCAGGCCAUUCGCCAAAGCGUCAAUCUGACGGAAAAGAUUGAAUUCCAUGAAUUGUUGUUUCAAAUUCAGGUUUUAAGGUUGAACCGGCCUUCGCCUCGUUAUCCUACGCCAACCAAGGAGAUGCGUAAAAGGGCUGUCAAAGCGUCUAUAGCCUUGAUCAAAGAGUACAGCGUGCUCGAUCGGCUCGGCAAGAUGUUCAUGCUGUGGCACGCUGCUCAUUGUGUCGUCGAAGCCGGUGUCUAUCUACUUUCGUCUGUCUUGACGGGCAUCGAAUCCAAAAGCCAAGAUCGCCGACAUCUAGGAGGAGAGGACAUCAAUAUUUUGGCCAGAUACAUCAAGACAUUUCCGAGUCUCAUUUGGAAAAUAUCUCGCCGCUGGCCGAGCGUUAUGCCCUACGCCUCUACCCUGGAAGCCAUUUCCGCCUCAGUCUUGGAGAAUUUGCACCAAUGGUCAGAUGGACAAGACUCAUGGAGCUCUGACUUCGUCUCCCUGAAGGAAAAGCUUGAUCAACUGACCCUGUUCUCCCCAACACCAUCCAAAGAACAAGCUCCAAGAAGUUUUUCACCACAGUCCGGCGAAAUCGACCCGUACCAGGGAUUAAGUACAUUCUCUCAUUUGCCGGGGCAAUCUUACGCUAUUUCUGAAUCUUCAAAUUUCCAACUGGCAACGACCGGAGAGCUUUCUUCGGUCAAUUCCGGCUGGUUGGGCAGUCAACCGGGCCUGGAGCAAAGCGUUCCUGUUUUUCCAGAGUCCUACGCCCUCGAGUACGGUGACCCAAUGGCAUGGGACUUUUCUGGAAUAGAUUCAGAGGAGAUUUUCGCUGCACUACUUGAGCAGGGACAGUCAGAUACCCUGAUGCUUCAAUGA